AUGUUUCGGGCGUUUCACACGGCUCUUCGAAUCAGUCCCAAGACCAUUGGUCUCUCGGUCAGAUCGGGCUUGGUGCUAUUCGGAUCCAGAGCCGCAUUAGUCGAGCCAGCUAAUCGCAACUCCCUCGGCAACCCGGUGGACAUUCAGUUUACACGUCCAAUCACGAAAAACGGCUCUUGGGUUGAUUCCUGGCAGCUGGCUCUGACCAAUUGGCAAGCGUCUUUGUUGACGUUAUUGCGGGCUCUGAACUUGCUCCGAAUUUGUUUCCCCCUGAUCAUUCUCUCUCCGAUUGCCUAUUAUCGGGAAGGCUACCGAUACACUUGGUUCCGGAGGUUAGUUCGAACUCUGGAGCAAUGUGGUCCCAUCUUUAUAAAACUGGGACAAUGGGCUGCCACGAGACGAGAUCUCUUCCCCUUGAGUCUCUGUCAAGAAUUAUCCGUCCUCCAUAGAAGCACUCAAACCCACACAUGGUUAGAGACUAAAGACAUCUUGGAAUCGAAUCUCGAACAAGAACUGACCAAAGUCUUCCAUCACAUUGAGGAGUUUCCAUUUGGUUCGGGUAGUUGUGCUCAAGUCCACAAGGCCAAAUUGAAGUCCAAUGACACCAUGGUCGCCGUCAAGGUCCUUCAUCCGAAUAUCCGACACUUGUUCCAACAAGAUCUGAAAGUAAUGCAAGCAAUUGCCAAAUCAGUCCUGUGGAUGGCUCCAAACUUGAAAUGGCUCAGUCCGGACGAAUCCCUCAGAGAGUUUGCCAAAUUGAUGGAUUGUCAGCUAAAUCUGAAGAUCGAGGCUCAAAACCUGGAACUCCUGAGUCGAAACUUCAAGUCCACAUCGAACGUGAUUUUUCCAAAACCCGUUCAUCAUUUGUGCUCCGAGUAUGUUCUAGUGGAGACUUUUGAAGAAGGCAUUCACAUUGGUGACUUCAUCAAGGAUGUAGUAAACGAGCAAGAUCGUCCUUUGAUGAAGAAGGUCGCUAAUAUUGGAGUGCACAUGCUUCUCAAAAUGAUAUUUCAGGAUAAUCUGGUUCAUGGCGACCUUCAUCCUGGGAACAUCCUCGUUCGAAAUGAGGAUCCACCUCGGAUCGUCAUUCUAGACCCUGGCAUCGUUUCAAGCCUCUCCACUCACGACAUGGGCAACUUUAAAUCUGUGUUCAAGGCCGUUAUUUCAGGAGAUGGAAGUCGGGUAGGCCAUUUGUUUCUCGAGAGAUCAUUCAAUCAAUGUCAGUCUCCCGAGAAAUUUGUCAAAGAAAUGGAAUCCAUUGUCCUCGAAGCUCGAAGUCAACAGUUGUCGCUCAAUCGGCUGGAUGUAUCCAAGCUUUUAACCAAAGUGUUCAAUACCCUACUCGUUCAUGAGGUCAAACUGGAAUCCAAUUUUGCUUCGGUCAUAUUAGCCAUUCUCGUUCUUGAAGGCCUUGGUCGCACACUAGAUCCGGACUUAGAUCUAGUCAUUAAAGCCACUCCAUAUGUGAUGAGAUCUUAGGACGCGCUUGUUGUCGUUAUUAUAAUUAUUGUUAUUAUUAUUUUUUCAAUAUGAUAUGACAAUACUGACAAAGAUAUUAACAUUAAAAUAAUCAUUAUCA